UUUUUGUUGGAAGCGCCCGGAGGACAUUUGGUGCGCGGAGUGACUGCUGGAAACAGGACCUGUGUUGAAAGCCGGGCCGGGCGGGGGCCAGAGGGGCCGGGGGCGGCCGCGGCGGGGGCGGAGGCCCACUCGGAUCUUUUGCAUAAAAGGGGCGGCGGGGCGCGCGGCUUCCCCUCCCUCGCUGGUGGAUCGCCCUCUAAUCCCGGGAUUGUUGUUUCCCCGCACUCCCUCCCCUGCCGCGCGACUCCCCAUGUUCCCCGACGCCGGGACCGGCCCGGGGGGGCCCGGGGCUGCCGCUGCGAGCCGAUCCGGGGGCUGGGGCCGGGGCCCUGCCCGGGGCGCCUGCGAGGUCUCACCGCGGAGCGCGCGCGCGGAUCAAUGAAAGGAGGCUCAGAUGAGUCCCUGCUGACUUGAGAGAGAGAGACCACGCUGAUUGCUGAGAGGAACUGGAAGAAGAAAAAAAUUUCCUAAACUCAGUGAGAAGAACUCACAAGCCAUGAGUAGUGCUGUGUUGGUGCCUCGCCUCCCAGACCCCAGCAGCAGCUUCCGGGAGGAUGCUCCGCGGCCCCCGGUUCCAGGGGAAGAAGGGGAGACCCCACCGUGCCAGCCCGGAGUGGGAAAGGGCCAGGUCACCAAACCCAUGCCUGUCUCCUCCAACACCAGGCGGAAUGAGGAUGGGUUGGGGGAGCCAGAGGGGCGGGCAUCUCCGGAUUCCCCUCUGACCAGGUGGACCAAAUCACUGCACUCCUUGUUGGGUGAUCAGGAUGGUGCUUAUCUUUUCCGGACUUUCUUGGAGAGGGAGAAAUGCGUGGAUACCUUAGACUUCUGGUUUGCCUGUAAUGGGUUCAGGCAGAUGAGCCUGAAGGAUACCAAAACUUCACGAGUAGCCAAAGCGAUCUACAAAAGGUACAUCGAGAACAACAGCAUUGUCUCCAAGCAGCUGAAACCAGCCACCAAGACCUACAUAAGAGAUGGCAUCAAGAAGCAGCAGAUUGAUUCGAUCAUGUUCGACCAAGCACAGACUGAGAUCCAGGCGGUGAUGGAGGACAAUGCCUACCAGAUGUUUUUGACUUCUGAUAUAUACCUCGAAUAUGUGAGGAGUGGGGGAGAAAACACAGCUUACAUGAGUAACGGGGGACUGGGGAGCUUGAAGCUCGUGUGUGGCUAUCUCCCCACCUUGAAUGAAGAAGAGGAGUGGACUUGUGCUGACUUCAAGUGCAAACUGUCACCCACUGUGGUUGGCUUGUCCAGCAAAACUCUGAGGGCUACAGCAAAUGUGAGGUCCACAGAAACUGUUGAAAACACAUACAGGUCCUUCAGGAGGAGCGACCCUGUGAACCCAUACCACGUAAGUUCCGGCUAUGUCUUCGCGCCGGCCACCAGCGCCAAUGACAGCGAGAUAUCCAGUGAUGCACUGACCGAUGAUUCCAUGUCCAUGACGGAUAGUAGCGUAGAUGGAAUCCCUCCUUAUCGUGUGGGGAGUAAGAAACAGCUCCAGAGAGAAAUGCAUCGCAGCGUGAAGGCCAAUGGCCAAGUGUCUCUACCUCAUUUCCCGAGAACCCACCGCCUGCCCAAGGAGAUGACCCCGGUGGAACCCGCCACCUUCGCGGCCGAGCUGAUCUCCAGGCUGGAGAAGCUGAAGCUGGAAUUGGAGACCCGCCACAGCCUGGAGGAGCGCCUGCAGCAGAUCCGAGAGGAUGAAGAGAAGGAGGGCUCGGAGCUGGCGCUGAGCUCCCGGGACGCGGGGCCCACCCAGCACCCCCUCUCCCUCCUGCCCUCGGGCAGCUAUGAGGAGGACCCGCAGACCAUUCUGGAUGACCACCUGUCCAGGGUCCUCAAGACCCCCGGCUGCCAGUCCCCAGGUGUGGGCCGCUACAGCCCCCGCGCCCGCUCCCCUGACCACCACCACCACCACCACCAGCAGUACCACCCGCUCCUCCCGCCCGGGGGCAAGCUGCCCCCCGCUGCCGCCUCCCCGGCCAGCUGCCCCCUCCUCGGGGCCAAGGGCUUCGUGACCAAGCAGACGACGAAGCACGUCCACCACCACUACAUCCAUCACCACGCCGUCCCCAAGACCAAGGAGGAGAUCGAGGCCGAGGCCACCCAGCGGGUGCGCUGCUUCUGCCCCGGGGGUGCCGAGUACUACUCCUACUCGAAAUGCAAGAGCCACCCCAGGUUGCCGGAGCCCUCAGCAUCCGAGCAGUUCGGCGGCAGCAGAGGCAGUACCCCACCCAAACGAAGUGGGAAAGGCACGGAGCCGGGCCCGGCCCUGCCCGCCAGGGAAGGAGGGGCCCCCGGCGGAGCGGGGGCGCUGCAGCUUCCCGGGGAGGAAGGAGGCAGGUCGCAGGAUGUCUGGCAGUGGGUGCUGGAGAGCGAGCGGCCCGGCAAGCCCAGGCCCCAUAGUGCCCAAAGCACAAAACGGGCCUACCCCUUGGAGUCUGCCCGCGCAGCCCCAGCGGAGCGGGCCGGCCGCCACCAUCUGUGGGGGGGCAGCGGCGGGCACCCCCGCACGGCACCCCGCGCCCACCCGUUCGCCCAGGACCCUGCCAUGCCUCCCCUGACCCCACCCAACACCCUGGCACAGCUGGAGGAGGCCUGCCGCAGGCUGGCCGAGGUGUCCAAGCCCCCAAAACAGCGGUGCUGCGCAGCAAGUCAGCAGAGGGACAGGAACCACUCCACCACUGGUCAGCCAGGAGCCACGUCCUUCUCCAACCCAAGCCUGGCUGCAGAAGAUCACAAAGAGCCAAAGAAACUAGCAGGGGUCCACGCUCUCCAGGCCAGUGAGCUGGUCGUCACUUACUUUUUCUGCGGAGAAGAAAUCCCCUACAGGAGGAUGCUGAAGGCUCAGAGCUUGACCCUGGGCCACUUUAAAGAGCAGCUCAGCAAAAAGGGAAAUUAUAGGUAUUACUUCAAAAAAGCCAGCGAUGAGUUUGCCUGUGGCGCGGUGUUCGAGGAGGUCUGGGACGAUGAGGUGGUGCUCCCCAUGUAUGAAGGCAGGAUCCUGGGGAAGGUGGAGAGGAUCGACUGAGCCUGGAGGGCCUGCCGCUGGCCAGCGGUGGGGCGAAGCCCUCCCGCCCGGUCUUGGACCUGAGCGACCGGGACAUGACACUUUGAAGGAGACUAAACCAAUGAAGUCGAAGUCUAGGGGAAGAACCUCGGCUGCUGGGCCUUCGGGAGGGCGGGGGGAGGUUGGUUUUCAUUACUCAUGGGCUGGGCACUGAGAUGAGAGAAGCCUGAACUAUUUAUUAAAAACAUGACCACUCUUGGCUGUCGAAGAUGCUGACUGUAUUUGAGAGACUGCCAUGCGCAAUAUAUGACUUCCUAGGGAUCUGAAAUCCAUAAACUAAGAGAAACUGUAUAGCUUACCUGAACAGGAGUCCUUACUGAUAUUUAUUGAACAAUUGAUUCCCGCCCCCCCCCAGCCCCCAGCCCCAGUUUAUGGAUAUGCUGCUUUAAACACGGAAAGGGGAGAGAGGAAGUUUUUAAUUGUUCUAUCUAAACUUUGGAGUUGAGCUCGGUGUGCAUUAAUGAUUUCUUCAUUAAAAGUGGAAUUCAGCUCUACCCUGUGUUUCUCCAAGGGAAGAUAGACUUUUUUUUUUUUUAAUGGUGCCCUACUAUUGACACACAGAAAUCGGUGCAUUUUUUUCCCCCGAUGCUGCUCUAUUUUGUCAUAAAGGUCUUUGAUGAGGAUGCAAGUCACCGCCGUCUGGCGGGGCCAUCGCGUUGGGUGGGGUGGUUUAUUACAGUGGGGGGCGCUGACUGGGGCCCCGGGUUCAUCUUGUAACUUCUUGUAUCUCCUCACCACGGCUCAGCCCCCGAUGGCUGGGGCCUGCUAGAACCUAGUGGUGCACCUUGUGCUUUUAUUGAAAUGGCAAUUCCGUGGAGUUUUUUGUUUUUUUUUUUUAAUCAUCCUUUGGACCCCCAGCCAUCCUGGAACUCCCCCCCCCCCCCGCUGCAAAGAAGCGAACAGUUGUCGGGGGUAGGGGGGAACAGUUAGCAGCGCAUUUUCCUCCAGACGCCUUCAUUCUGACGUUCGGGUUUUUAUGUUAACUUAAUCUGUAGUCUGUUUGCCAUCGUUACCUGUACUAGACGUCUGUAUAUAUCGUGCGGCAAAGGAGUAUUAAUCCACUGUCUCGAGUGCUUGACUGAAUCAGUACAGUACCUGUACCUGCACGGGGCUCGCUCCGUGUGUCGCCCUAUAUUGAGGGCUUGAGCUUUCCCUUGUUUUUAGAAAGGGGUUUAUGUAUAAAUAUAUUUUAUGCCUUUUUACUACAAGUCUUGUACUCAGUGACUUUUGCCAUGGCAUUUUGUUCUACUUAUACUGUAAAUUAUGCAUUAUAAAGAGUUCAUUUAAGGAGAAUUACUUGGUACAAUAAUUAUUGUAAUUAAGAGAUGUAGCCUUUAUUAAAAUUUUAUAUUUUUCAAA